ACUUCCCCACAUUUCCUCCUCCCACUCAUAAAACACAAGAAAGUCCCAAACACCACCACUCUGAAACGACAUCCCUUUCUCCACAAAACGACAACCACCAUUUUCCACCAAAGAAAGUCUCAUGCUUUUCUUUCACUCCCUCUCUUCUCCUUCUCCUUCUCCUUCUCCUCCUUUCUUCAAGUUUCAGUCUUUCAAUUAUUUUCCAUAGCCGUUGACUUCAACCGUUUGACUAAUGGACCAAUCGGUUCUUGAUGACAUCAUCAGCCGUCUUCUUGAAGUCCGAGGCCGACCCGGAAAGCAGGUGCAGCUAUCCGAGUCCGAGAUCCGACAACUCUGCUCUGCCUCUAAAGAUAUCUUCUUGCAACAGCCCAAUUUGUUAGAGCUUGAAGCACCCAUCAAGAUUUGUGGUGACAUACAUGGUCAAUACUCGGAUCUCUUAAGGCUUUUUGAGUAUGGCGGAUUACCUCCUAAUUCCAAUUACUUGUUCUUGGGAGAUUAUGUGGAUCGAGGCAAGCAAAGUUUAGAAACAAUAUGUCUUCUCCUUGCAUACAAAAUAAAGUACCCUGAGAAUUUUUUCCUCUUGAGAGGAAACCAUGAAUGUGCUUCUAUAAACCGUAUAUAUGGAUUUUAUGAUGAGUGUAAGAGAAGAUUCAAUGUGAGGCUAUGGAAGACAUUUACGGAUUGUUUCAACUGCCUACCAGUUGCAGCCCUGAUUGAUGAAAAGAUUCUCUGCAUGCAUGGGGGUCUUUCUCCUGAGCUGAAUAAUUUAGAUCAAAUUAGAUCUUUACUCCGGCCAACUGAUGUACCAGAUACAGGUUUACUCUGUGAUCUUCUCUGGUCUGAUCCCAGUAAAGAUGUUCAAGGUUGGGGAGGGAACGACCGGGGAGUGUCCUACACAUUUGGUCCUGAUACAGUGACGGAGUUUCUUGAGAAGCAUGAUUUGGAUCUCGUUUGUCGUGCUCACCAGGUUGUGGAGGAUGGGUACGAGUUAUUUGCCAACCGCCAACUUGUGACAAUAUUUUCAGCACCUAAUUAUUGUGGGGAAUUCGAUAAUGCUGGUGCCAUGAUGAGUGUGGAUGACACAUUAAUGUGCUCUUUCCAAAUAUUAAAACCUGCAGACAAGAAAGCGAAGUUUAACUUGGGUAGCCUAACUACAGCUAAGCCUGGAAAUUCUUCUACUGGUGUUUUUGGGAGCACAACUACAGCUAAGCCUAGCAAUACUCCAGCAGGAGUCAAGUCCUUGAUGCAGAGGUGAGGUGUCUGAUUUGGCGGCUAAGGAAGGUGCUGUACUGCAGUUUGUCAUGAGCACAUCAAGGUAUCCAUUGAGGAAGAGGAGGUCUAAUUCAAUUGCACUGUAAUCUGUUUAAAUUGUAUAAUUGGGGAGGAAAAAUCAUUAGAAACUAAUGGAAAAGAUUGUUCUUGAUAUAAAGUGGGUGUGAAGGUAGAAGCCUCCUCUUCCCCUUGUACUAUAGUAGCUGCUUGAUUGCUGCGAUAAAUUAUUAGUCAGUCUACGACCAAGAAAAAUGUCAAAACAGUCGAUGGAGUUGGAAUGAAACUUCCAAGUCUUUUUGUUAACAAAAGCAAUUCUCUUACCGUGUUAA